UGACAAAAUCCACUGUGUGCAUAAGUUAGCGCUCUUAUUUUCACCGCUGUCUAUGUGGUUGUUAAACAACAACAAAGGCAUAGCGUUAGCUGUAUUCAACAGCGUAUUUAAAUCACUAUUAAUACGCUGGCAGCUGCUGUGGGGGGCGGAGUGACUGUGAAGCGCUGCGCCGGCUGGGGCGCUCAAUCAGGGGAAGAGAGAUGGCGUGUUUGUUGGAGGCCCCUCUCCGCAUUAGUGUGCUGUCUGAAGUCACUGCCACUAGUCGUCAUUAUGUGGACAGAUUGUUCGACCCCGACCCACAGAAAGUGUUGCAGGGAGUCAUUGACAUGAAGAAUGCGGUCAUUGGAAAUAACAAGCAGAAAGCCAAUUUGAUCGUCCUCGGAGCAGUGCCAAGGCUACUGUACCUGCUUCAACAGAGCUCUUCCAGUCUGGAGCUGAGAACAGAGUGUGCUGUUGUCCUGGGCAGCUUGGCCAUGGGCACUGAGAACAACAUCAAGUCCCUGGUGGACUGUCACAUUAUCCCUGCCCUUUUUCAGGGUCUUUUGUGUCCCGACCUUAUUUUCAUAGAAGCCUGUCUGCGAUGUCUAAGAACUGUCUUCAUCAGUCCAGUCACACCAGUACAGCUGCUUUACACAGUUCCCACCGUGAUUCCUCACCUCAUGUCUCUACUGAGCCGCUCACACCGGACUCAGGAGUACAUCACUCAGAUCUUCUCUCACUGUUGUAAGACACCGGAGCAUCAAACUGUUCUUUAUAACCAUGGCGCCAUCCCGAACAUCUCCCCGCUUCUCGUUUCGCCCUCCUAUAAGGUUCGGAUGCAGGCGUUAAAAUGUUUCUCAGUCCUGGCGUAUGAGAACACUCAGGUCUCCAUGACUCUGGUGAAUGUUCUCGUGGAAGGCGAGCCGCUCUCUCAGGUUUUUGUCAGAAUGAUGCAAAGGGAUCAACCCAUCGAAAUGCAGCUCACGGCAGCCAAAUGUUUAACCUACAUGUGUCGAGCCGGUGCCAUACCCACCGACGACAGCUGCGUGGUUCUGAAGACGCUGCCCUGCCUCGUGCGGAUGUGCAGUAAAGAGCAUCUGCUGGAGGAGCGGGUGGAGGGCGCCGAGACACUAGCCUAUCUGAUGGAGCCAGACGUGGAGCUGCAGCGGAUCGCCAGCACCACCGACCACCUGGUGGCCAUGUUGGCAGACUACUUCAAGUACCCAAGCUCGGUUUCAGCCAUCACUGACAUCAAGAGGGUGCGUCAGUGGGCAAGGCUGGAUCACGACCUGAAACACGCUCACGAACUGAGACAAGCUGCUUUCAAACUUUACGCCUCGUUGGGCUCCAACGACGAGGACAUCCGCAAGAAGAUCACGGAGACGGAGAACAUGAUGGACAGGAUAGUCAGCGGCUUGUCGGAGUCCAGCAUCAAAGUCCGCCUGGCAGCAGUCAGGUGUCUCCAUAGUCUCUCUCGGUCGGUGCAGCAACUGAGGACCAGUUUCCAUGACCACGCCGUUUGGAAACCUCUGAUGAAGCUGCUACAGAAUGCUCCGGAUGAAGUCCUGGUCAUGGCCUCGUCCACACUAUGCAACCUGCUGCUGGAGUUCUCACCGAGCAAAGAGCCCAUCCUGGAGUCCGGAGUGAUCGAGUUACUAUGCAGUUUAACACAGAGCGAGAGUCCGGCGCUGAGGGUCAAUGGGAUCUGGGCGCUGAUGAACAUGGCGUUCCAGGCCGACCAGAAGGUGAAGGUGGAGAUUGUUCAGUGUCUCGGGACAGAACAGCUGUUCCGUUUGCUGUCGGACUCUGACACUAAUGUGCUGAUGAAGACCCUUGGCUUGCUGCGAAACCUGCUCUCCACACGUCCACACAUCGACCAGAUCAUGAGUUCUCACGGGAAGCAGAUCAUGCAGGCAGUGACCCUCAUCUUGGAAGCAGAGCACAGCGUGGAGGUGAAGGAGCAGACACUGUGCAUCCUCGCCAACAUCGCGGACGGAAACACGGCCAAAGAUCUCAUCAUGACCAACGACGACAUGCUCCAGAAAAUCAAGUACUACCUGGGACACUCGAAUGUGAAACUGCUGCUGGCUGCGACUCUCUGCAUCUCCAACCUGAUCUGGAACGAAGAAGAUGGGUCUCAGGACCGCCAGGACAAACUCCGGGAGAUGGGGUUUGUGGACAUUUUGCACAAACUCGCCCAGUCGCCGGACCCCAACCUUAGUGAGAGGGCGAAAACGGCGAUGCAGCAGUACCUUGCGUGACCCCCGGGAGGCAGUGUUUCUCCGCUGCCAGUCUGCUCAGCAAUCCUUGCAAGGACGCCGUCUGUGGUGGUCACACUGACUGAGACACCUUCACCUCGACCCAGCCGGGCCACGUCGGACCUCCGAGUCGUCGGCUGUCAAGGGUCGAUGACGCCGGUUUAUUUUUGAAGUGAUUUUUUUUUUUUGUUUUAGAACUGCAGAACCACACCUGGCUCUGGUGCUACUGGACUCCAAGAUGGUGGAGAAUCUCCAGAGCAGGACCGUCUGACAUGAAAUGUUUCCUGCUUCUGACCCUUUUUUUAAAUGAAUUUUGCCGAAGGCUUUGCAAAUGACGUGUUUAGGACAGACUGCCCACUUUGGAGUGUUUUUUUCCUUCUUGUGGAUACAUACCUCGUAAAUAUAUAAAUAUAUAUAUAUAUAAAGAUAAACGUAUAAAUAUAUAUUUUUGGAAUCUUGCUCCCCCUCCAGUUGGUUUGUUUUUAUCCUUCCCCACAUUUUCCCACCCUCUGCGUGCACUGUAUCAUACCUGUAACCAUAGGAAAUCUAACCCCGAGUUGUUGACUCGACACACUGAUCACCGGAUUGCAGAAUCUCACCAGACAUUUUAACUGUGCUCCCUCUUUGGUGUGUGUUUGAAAAGGGACAAAUGGAAUUCUCGCAGAUGAUGCAGGAAAAGUGGGCAAACCACAAAGGUAGUCCGUGUUUGUGAUGAUCCCGAGAAUUCCAGACUUUCCCGACGCUCUGAUAGGAACGAAUGUCAUCACUGAAAAUACAGUUAUGCAGACCUGAA